AUGGCAAGAGAGAAGGAACGAGAACUAGGACGCAAGAACUCGACCGUGGCGAGCCCUCGCUCAGGACCGUACGACCGACCAGGACCGUCUAACAGUAGAUCCAACGGAUACAGCAACGGCAGUUCGACUUCAGGUCUUCCCCGCAGACCCAGCUUCGCAACUACUACAUCUUCCAUAGGUUCCGCCGACCUCCCUCCCUCAACACCGCUCUCGCCCCGAACGCCAAAGGCACCAGCUCAGCCCUUCGACAUGCUGAUGUCUUCCCUGUCCUCAGCACCGCCUUCACGCACGACGCCUCUCCCCCUGGACACCUCCCAACCGAUAGUCGACAUGCUUCCACCUUUACAGCAGACGAUCUCAUUGCUUUAUAACGGUAUACCGAUCACAUUCGACUUGACGAAGAUCGACCCCGACCCGGCGACGGUCGUGACUUUAUUACAGCAGACUAAGGCCGAGCGCGGGCUUUGGGCGAUCGUGGCGGGGUGGUAUAGACGACAUGGAUACCCGAUGAGCGCGUUGGGGGUGUUGCAGGCUUUAUUGGACGGCGUGGCGCAACAUUCUCUACCUGACCGCGAGCUUCGCCCCAUAUUCUUCAUGCUAGCGAACUGUCACAGGGAUCUAGCGCGUACAGAGGACAAACCCAAAGCACAAGAACACCGCGAACACAUGCGUCGCUGGCUCCAGCGUGCGCUCGAAUCUGAUCGCACCAGCACCAACGGCGACUCAGCAUCUUUCGCGGUUCCGUACGACUCCUUCAACUCGACCUCCAAAAGCGGCAACUUGAUCGCUAGCGACAGUAACUGGAGUGUCAAGGCGGAGUACGGGAGCUACAAGCAAGGGUCCGAUAAAGGACCGAGUCCGGCCACUCUGGAGAUCAAACGCGAACGGGAGACCGAGCGUGACGAGCACGAGCGCGACCUCAAGCGACUGCACGAGGCCGAGUCCGAAGUCGACACUCUGCGCCUUAAACUCCGCGAGGCCGAACGACGACGCGACGUGGAGAUGCGCCGGGCGCAGGAGGAAGAGGAGCGCGCCGACCGCGAGAGGAGGAUGCGGUUGGACGAUCGAGAGGACGCGGAGAGGCUGUUUAGUGCGCUUUCGGGCAUUGCGAAUAAGGCUGCGAAUGGAGGCGAUCUGGCGGCGCUUGCGACGGGCGUUGUGAAGCUCGUGCGGUAA